AUGACGGAUCACUCGUAAACCCUAAAAAUCGCAACUCUCCUCCCUCCAUUUUUUUAUUCUGAUUACUCUAAACCCUGAAAAAGCUCUACUCUACAAGCAAUGCAAAAUUCAACCAUGAAUGAGGCUGGGCCAACCAAGAGUAGAUUCGAAUAUGGAGACGACGAUGAAACAAUUGAAGAAGCAGCCACCGGAAGCUCCAAUCUUGAUGAGGAUUCCUCCAUGUGCGAACCUGGAGACGCGGAUAAGACUAGCGCCGAUUAUUAUUUCGAUUCCUACUCUCAUUUCGGUAUUCAUGAAGAAAUGCUGAAGGAUGUGGUGAGAACUAAGACUUACCAAAAUGUUAUUUAUAAGAACACAUUUUUGUUCAAGGGAAAAGUUGUUCUUGAUGUUGGUGCUGGGACGGGAAUUCUAUCUCUCUUUUGUGCAAAAGCUGGGGCAAAGCAUGUUUAUGCUGUCGAGUGCUCACAGAUGGCUGACAUGGCAAAAGAGAUUGUUAAAGCAAAUGGCUUUUCAGACGUUAUAACUGUUUUGAAGGGAAAGAUUGAAGAAAUUGACCUCCCGGUUCCUCAAGUGGAUAUUAUUAUUUCAGAAUGGAUGGGAUACUUUUUGUUAUAUGAGAACAUGUUAAAUACAGUUUUAUAUGCUCGGGAUAAGUGGCUGGUUGGCAGUGGAAUUGUGCUGCCUGAUAAUGCUUCUCUCUAUUUGACAGCAAUUGAGGAUGCCGAGUACAAAGAGGACAAAAUUGAAUUUUGGAACAACGUGUAUGGCUUUGACAUGAGCUGCAUCAGAAAGCAGUCCAUUAUGGAGCCUCUUGUUGACACAGUUGACCAGAAUCAAAUUGUCACCAAUUGCCAAUUACUCAAGACCAUGGAUAUCUCUAAAAUGACAUCCGGGGAUGCUUCCUUCACAGCACCCUUCAAGCUUGUGGCUGAGCGUGAUGAUUACAUUCACGCUCUAGUUGCAUACUUUGAUGUAUUGUUUAGCGUAUGUCACAAAACGACAGGGUUCUCGACAGGGCCAAGGUCAAGGAACACGCACUGGAAGCAAACGGUGCUAUACCUGGAAGACGUGCUGACUAUAUGUGAAGGGGAAUCCAUUGUUGGAAGCAUGACCGUGGCACAAAACAAGAAGAAUCCUCGAGAUGUCGACAUUACCCUCAAGUACUCGUUAAACGGUCGACGUAGUGUCAUCUCGAAAACCCAACAAUACAAAAUGCGUUGAAUACGCAUCCGAUAUCUCAAAGGCUGUGGGGAUUCCUUAACUGUUAAAGCUCUUUUUUCCUCACUGUUGAAUGUAUAACAUUUUGUAACCUGGAUUGAUUCAUUCUAUUUAUCUCAAACAUUCCUCUAAGGGGAGAGCUUUAUGCAGAAUGCCAAGUUUUUUC